AUGGAUUGGAACGCUGAUGAAGUUGCUCAUUGGUUAAAAGAAAUAGGGCUUCCAAAGUAUGCGAAAAGAUUUAAAGGUAACUGAGUUUUGACAUUGUUAAUCCAGCUCUUCCUUUUAUCAGAUACACUCAUCCAAUGAGCUAUGCUUGACUCUAAGUGAGUAGAAUGAAAGUUUUCAGUUAUUCAACAUGAACAAUAUCAGUCUGACAGAGAAAUCGUUAAGCACGACAAGGUCAUGCAAUAUCGUUUGUUUCAAAUGUUUUGACAGAAAUCUUUUGUAAAGUUGUUCUGUAGUACAAAGAUGGGAAAGUUUCGCCAAGUUUUCACAACACAAUCAUACUUGUAAAGUCUGUUCUCUUUUAAUCAUUCACUGUUGAUUUAUGGUAGGAUAUCUUGUCAAUGGAGCUGUUUUACUCCAAAUGGAUGAUAAUCUUCUUGGUAAGUACUUGACAACAAAAUUAAACUCAGUUCCUUGAACAGAAAUUAUAACAGCUUCAUAUCUUAAAUAUUUCGUCAAGUUCAAAGCCACGCUCUUAGCUUGUACACUCUCAUUUAUUUGAUUAUACCGGCAGACAAAAUUCGAAUUACUUACUAACUGAACACAUAACUCUGAUAAUCAGAAGUUUAGCUAGAUAAACAAACAUACAUUGGAAACCAAAACACAAUUAUUCCCUACAUAAUAUUCAAACAGUAGUUGUGUUAAAAUGUUCUAUAAUUCGCUGGAUAUAAUACUGUCUGUCUCUCAGAGAACACUUGAUCGAUAGCUAUAAAAUAUUUGCUCUCCUUCAAUAAAGCGACGGGGCAUAUUGAUAUAAACGUGGUAAAGUUUAGACGCUCGGAUAAGAGAGAGCACAAACUUUCGCCUUUGUUUAUAUUCUUGAUUGCUCGCGAUAUUGCGUCAGAGAAUAAAUGUGAAUCUUUUUAUCUCCUAGUAAGUGUUUCGUAAGACGCUUUUAAUCCAGCCGUUUUGCUUACUAAUUAACAGCAGCAAGAGAACUUAACACUUUUUCCUCGCUUCACCUCUACGUAACACAACGAGGUUUACUUUUGAUUCUGUGACUCUAUAAUCAGUGAUUCCGCUCUCUUUUGUUUCUCUAUGCUUUGUCGAAAUGGGCAGAAAUUCUCAACAAUAGAUCAACGGCUGAUUUCAAUUGAAGUCCAAUUUCUUUUUAUCUUAGCCUAUAAAAUGUUUUAUGCUUCACUUAAUUAAACUGCAAAUUAGCGACAACAUGCAAAUCGCGAGAGGUCACGACAGUUAUAAACUAGUUGCAAUUACCGGGCAAAUUUAUGUUUAUGAUUUUUGUUCUGCUAUGAAUAAACGCUUCAUAAAGAAAAAAAGUUGAAUAAAGACUUAAGAGAAAGAAGAAACUGGACUUGUGGUCCUAGUGAUAUAAAGUCCCUGUCAAAAAACCUAGAAAAAAUAAAAUAAUUUGUAGUAUGGGCUCAUUAACAUUUUCAAAAAAGAUCUGAACCUAAUCAGAAAAUUAUAUGAAAAGCCAUUGUCGUCAAGAAUGACAUUGCAAUUUUUAAAUCAUGAAUUACUAAGCACUUUGUUCAUCCAUUUAUUGUUAUCUACAUCAAUCAAUUGUAAUUGGCUCAGCGGGAAGGGAGCUUAAGAAGAAGGAUGAUGGGGUGGGGGGUUAAGAUUGCCCAAGUUUUUUCGGCAGGGUAUGUAGUGCUUAACAAGCUGUGGUUUGGGGGUCAUAACAAUUAAACAUAGCAUACAGGUUUACGCAAAGCGCUUACUUUUUAGUUUUUUUUCGGGACUUAAAGCCCUCAAAAGCGAAUGAAUUUUGUCGUCUUAAAUUUCCUUAAGACACCCGUUCCCCCUCCUCCUCCCCCUGUAGAUUAUAGCUCAGCUGGGAGAGUUAUUUACCAGAAAUUCUGCUUUUAUAUUUAUCAAGCUAGAAAACCAUAAGAAAAAACUCGAAUUUGUUCAUUUUGCCUUAACAGAGCAAGAUUGUACUUUCAACCAUUCAUAUGUUUCCUUCAGAAGCUCAUAUUUUGUAGUCAAAAUCUAAAACUGCCCCAUAAAGAUCCUUUAGAACUGUUAAGGGUCUACAUUCAGAUCCUCGUGGUGGAGACAUUUUCAAUCAGCGAUCAAGAAUUUACUCUUGCUGUUGGCUAAAUCUUCAGUGUAACUUAGUUCAAGAAAAAGUAUAUAAAUAUAUAAAGAAGCAAAAGGUAAAAGAUCGAACAACUUGAUUUUAUCUCUAAUCUUUCUCCAGAUGACCUAGAGAUCACAAAUGUUAAGGACAGAGAAAUUCUCCUGAAAGAAUCCUCCAAGCUUGCCUCAAUAAAAAUAAAACCAGCACCCAAUGGAAGAGACUAUACAAAACGGACAAAAACCUUAUCGACUCCACUUAUUACUGUGAGCAAUUUUGAUGACAAUGAAAGUGAACAAAGAUUUAUUGUUGUGUAUGACGGCGAUGAGCGAAGAGACGGUAAUGGAUGCCGAACAAAUGAAGAACUGUUGAAUCAAAGAGUUAUAAACUUCAAGCAUAGAGAUGAAGAAGAAUCAGUGGGUGAUGAUGGCUCUGACGGAAAUUUUAGUUUUAAAGACAGUGACAAGCGAUACGGUUUUGGUAAGAGCAAUGUUAUACUCUCUUUCAAUUACUGUACUUGUCUGUCAUAAGUCUGUAUUUGAGUAUCGAUCAGUGAACAAUCACCGAUCGAUUUUACACAUAUUGAGCACCUAUUUACUAAGGGGGUACGAGCUGUCUACGCCCGAUCCGUUCUAGAAGGGUAUCAGGGACCUUAAGCAAACCACGUUGGCGACGGAGGCGAGGACAUGGAAAAACAAAAGAUCUAAUUGGCAGAACAAUAGCUCAGCACGUGCGUUUUAAAACUUUGUACAUUUCUUCGCCGUCCUAUGCAAAACAACAACGUGAAAUCACCACAAUAGGCCAUUUUACGGUUGUGUACUUAAUUGCCAAGCCUUUGACUUGGAAUGAGGCUGAAGGUGACCUUGUUGUGAUAGAGACCAGUAUCUAGUUAGCAUGAUAACAAAGUAAUUUGCAUUUGAAAAGCAGCAAGGUUUGUAUCAUAACAAGGUAACCCUUAGCCUCAUUCCUAUUCAAAGGCUUGGCAACCUACCACACAACUGUAAAAUGGACUAUUUGCGUCGUCUGCGAACCGAAACCGCGACGGCAAAUUAUUUUAAUUUCCAUUUGGAACUUUUAUACGUUAUGCUGAAGUUGAGGUGUGGCGCCGUAUAAGACGGUAAACACAUGCAACCAUUUUUGAAAUUCUAAUUAAAGGCAGAAAUUCAUUUUUUAAUCGAAGUCUUCCUUGGCGUUGCCGUCCUGACUGCUUAAGGUCCCUAUUAGUAGUAUGAGAGAUCGCGGACACAGACCACAAAAACAUCGGGCAAAAGUAUAAGGGGGCCAAGACUGCAUUUCUAGUCAUGAAGUCUCGGUCGAUUGGCUCAUGAAAAGAUUUAGCGGCCACAUACAUUUGUCCUUCUCCUGUAGAUAUACCUGAUAAAGAUCCAGACAGACCAGUUGAUUCGACGCCAACAGCAUCAGCAGUUGCCACAAGAGCCACUCAAAUGGUUGAAUUGUUAUCACGUGAUAAUGUUGCAUUACGAGAAAAACUGCAAAGCGUUUACCAUAAGAUGAGUAGAAUACAAACGGUGAGGAAAGAAAAAGUCUCGUUCACGGUUUUUGAAGGCACAAUCUGAGCACCAUGAUUUUAAUCCCUCGGGAUUGUUCGGUCUAUUCCCGUAUCAACACAAAAUUAAUCGAAGCCGGCAUAGACACUUCCGAACAUCUUGGAAAAUGUUGUUUACACGAAAAAAGUUUCCUGGCAAUUGUUAAAAAUGAAUCAUAAAACAUAGCAAUCACAUUUCUUGAAUAUAGCAAAAACAAAGAAAAAUGUUUUUUGAAGGCACUUUGCAGUGAAGCGAACUUUCUCAAGGAAAUAUUUUGGACAGAUGAUAAAUCCUUUAUUGAACAAAGUUCAGGUCAUCAUGAUUGGAAAUUUACGUCAUCUUUUCUUCUGACGUUUUUAGGGAGCCUUAAUAUGUCUUGGUCCACACAACGAAAAUAAAAUUAGCCAGUAUACGUAAUCUCGACCUCAAGCAAGGUCAAUAACGCAGUUAUAUUGCAGGUUGAAGAUGAACUUGAGAGCUUGCGCACUGCAUACGAGGAACUACAAAUAUCGUUUAAGAAACGUGAAAACCUGGAAUACAGCACAAGAACACGGAUGGAAACGGAGAUGAAGGAACUUCGAGAAAGAAACAGGAAUCUUGAAGGUGAGAAUGGUUUGGAUUUCAAACAGAAAGGUAUUGUAAAUUAAAUGUGAAACAGUUCACUGUUAUUUUGAUAUCAGCUGUAUAUUCAUGACGACAAUUUUACAGGAAUGCUAUGAUCUAGUCAUAAUAGUAUAUCUUUCGGCAGUGCAAAAACAUUCACGACAUGAUAGAAAGCAAACAGAUCUCAGUAAAAUCUGCUAAAUACAGAAAUAUUCUUUAGGUAAAUGUGCAAUAAUCAUUUUGAAGAUAAUAGAUGCAUGUUUUAAUGUUUUAGGAUGCUCUAGUCGCUGUUUGCCUGAUCUUUCUUCACACAAAAAAACAUGCAUCAAACACGAAAAUAAUGUUUGGAUUUUCUCCGGCAAACUUACAGCAAAUACGAAUGGAAAAAGACAAUCAGUUUUCCAACUUAAAAUCUGUGAUUCAUGCAAACCUACAUACAAUAUAAAGAAUGAAAAUAUUUCACAAAUUUAUUUUUGAACUCGUAAGGAGAGACAGUAAUGUGCUAUUAAAUGACACAGAUAUAUUUAAAUUAAAGGGGAAUUAAAAAUAUUGGUAGAAUAUUUGCGAUAUUUAGGAAACUUGUCAAAGCCGACAUCUACUACAAUGAAAAAUCAGAAAUAAGAUCACGUUAGGUUCAUUCGUGUUUUUUUCAAGCAGAAUUCUACUACUCAGAGAUUUCAUAAGAUUACAAAUACCACAAUUUUAACCUGAUGACCGAACGGAAAUCAAUGAGUUCUCGUCAUGUCAUGUAAUGUACGUAUAAGGUCAUUUUACAGACUUACAAGUUGACGUUUCUCAUAAUGAUUGAAUGUUUUAUUUGAUCAGUUUGUUGUUAAAAUCUCUAAGGAAAGUAAAAAAAGAAGCCAUCAACAGCCGAUAUAAACCGAUGUGUAAAUUAAGCAGAUAGAGCUUGCGAAGAGGCAAUUAAAGAAACAGAGACAAAAUUAAGUGAGGUUUGUUUGUAUUGAUCCAGAUUGAAGACUUCAAGAACCUGUUCAUCAAGUUGGAAAAUACAUGAACUGAUUGAAGGAUACUAUCACACAAAUAUGUUUACGUCAGUUGUAAAAACUACGUUAGAAAGACAACAAGUUUGGAUGCAGUUAAAAAACUUCAAUAUUGAUAUCAUUGUUGCUGAUGUUUGUACCGGAUAUGGCGGUCAUAUUAUUAUCAAAACAUUCUUCACUCAAUAUUCUUUCAACAGCUGAACUAGAGAAAUGUAAAGAUGAAGUCGAACAAGGAAAGGUAAGUUAUCAACAUAAAAGUUUGGACGAUAAGUAACAGCGCACCUACAGAUGUUUUCGAAAACAGGUCCAGGUUUGCAACCUUGUUCAAACAAAUACGUCUUCUUGUGCUUAAUAAACCCCCAAUAUACCGACAGCAAGGCAACAUUUGAAUGGCCAAAGACAAGAGCAUGUAUUAGCAUGCGUAUUAAAUAUAUUUUAGCGCCUUAGACAUUAAAUAUUACUAAAGCGUCUUGUACCAUUUUAUUUUCUAUUUUGUUACAGAAUUCAUUGGAGAAUUUCAAGAGGGAAAUUAGGCUCAAGAAUGACGUCAUACGACAACUCAUCGGUCAAAGUAAUCUCAAUACUAAGUUUUUAAAACACUUUUCAAUGUGUUGAAGUAAUCCAGGACUGCAAUGGUUUUGCUCCAACACGGUCUGUGAUUGGUUUAGGAAAAUUGCGCCAUCUUCUCCACCAAUCAGAUACAAAAAUAAAGCCAGCCGCGACUCGCUUUUUCCCGCGCUUUAAGCUGUUUCCUUUUAAUGUGAGUUCCCAUUGGCUCCCGCACGGUCUCUGACAUAAUCUCAUGACCAGGUCUCCCAAAGCCACGCGAGCAGGACUGAGUGAGAAAUUACUCCGGAAGUUGCCUAGUGAUCAGAUGUGCUUUGGUCCUUCUUGUCGUAUACCCUCUCUCCUCUCCCCUGAAUAUAUGCACGUAAGAGUUUCAUGAUCAACUUUUCACUUCGCAGCCAACGUAAGGCUUGUUGAUUAACAAUAAAAGAGCUGCUGCAGAAAAUCAUUUUAAAAGUAGUUGAUAGCAACAUUUCAUAUGUCUGGAAUUAGGUGACCUCUUUAUUUCAACGCGAGAAGAGCUGGAACAUACAAUAAACCGACAGAACACACGAAUUGAAGAACUGGAGAGAGAUAAAGAUCUACUGAGUUCAUCGCUGGCACAAAGUCGAGAGAGAAUAACAUGUCUCCAAAAUGAGGUGAGAUUCAUGUUUUCUUGGAAAACAAAAUCAAGACGUGCCCUAAUUGGUUUGGAGCUUAAAUAACGUAAUCCGUAUUAGUUCAAUCGCUCUGACGAAGGGCUAACGCUCGAAACGUCAGCUUUUAAACCUCUUUACAGUGGCCAAUUUACGUUAUAAACUCGAUUGAUAAUACUAAAUUACCCUGUUAUACUCUCCCACCGACGCAGCACCACAGUUUCUUUAGAAAAUUGCCCCCUUAGUUCAAUUUAGCUUUAACAGAAAUACAAUGUUUCUAUGACAGCUCGAGCAAGAGUUGCACAAGAAUCACGUAAGCCCCACAGGGACGGUACAUGGUCUGCGCAUGAUGGAAAGUAACCCUGUUGACGAGAGGUUGUGCUCGACAACUGCUGAUGAAAUAGGAACACAUCACCGGCAUUCAAUCUCAGCUGAAGAAGUUAUAGCAGAGUUAGAUGGACCUACAUCUAUCCCUGGGUUACUUGAAAUGUUGAGAGAAAAAAACGAAAGGAUUCAAGUGCUGGAAGAUAAUCUAUCACGGGUAAUUGUGAAAGUAAAAUGUUAUUUAUUAUGCGUAAAACUUUCAGUAAUAAAAUUCGUUCCAAAGAAAAUUGGUGAUUGAACCUUCGUCUGCUUCUUUUUAGCUUGAACAAACGUUAAUGCAGGAAGGUACAUCAAGGAGCUUGGCCAUAAAAGCUGUCUCUGUCCCAAAGUAAGUUUAUUCUUGCGCUAUAGGUUCAAAAAAAUUCCAUAAACGAGUCAUAGCUCAAAAAUCAAAGUGAGCGCGAACAAGUGUUAGGAAUCAUGUACUUAAUGGAAGACCUGAGAAAAUGCGUAACUCGAAAAAUAAAAUGGCGGGAAGAUAGCACAAUCCGUGUUGGGAAACGCGUUACUCACCAAUGCGCGGUGAUAACAAAUGAACGAAGAAAGCGCGGUGUAAUUUGUGUUAAUGCGCGAAAAAAUCUUUCACCGCAGCAAUGAUGUGUUAUGUAUCUAAUUCAGGGAAGCACGGAUAGCGGCAUUGGAAAAAUCCAUCCAGGAACGUGAAAAGAUUAUUGCUGAAUGUAGAGCGGAAAAUUUAAAAUCCGUUGAAGAACUAUACGUGGCCAACAGGCGCUGUGCUGAUUUAGAAUCUAUGUAAGUUAUAAGAAUGAAUAUUUUUACCUUCCAUCGAACUAUAGUGAUUUUUACCACAGGAACACUAACCUUUAAUAUUCCACCGUCUUCAACAUAGAAUAAAAUCCCUUCACUCGCAGUUGGCGGAGAAGACGGCAACAAUUAGAGUUCUUCAAAAUAAUAACAACGAUGAACUGAGUGAGCCUGAAUGGCCACUAGACCCAGCCUACUGUCGGACAGACUUCGCCCAAAUGAGGGAACUGGCACGAGAUUCUUGUAAGUAAACUUGUACCUGAGGCGUACAUUGUAAUUACUUGAGCAUUUAGAAAAACCUCAAGAUAAUUGUCGCAAAUUGUUGAUAUGUUCCGUCUUUUGUUAGAUGCAGAAUCACUUGAUUCCGGAAUGUCACUAACUAAUGCACUAGAUGCGAGACAAACAGAUCCUGAAUUCAAGGUACGGUGAAAAGUAACUAAUAAACAAUAAUCAAAAGAAAUUCAAGAUCUUCAUUAAUAUAGCCAUGAUAUGAGCUGGAGGUGAAUUCAUGCGAUAAUCAGCUGGAUACUGCAAGGACCCAGGAAUAUCAUUGAAAUGUGUAACUUUAUAGCCGGAACUGUAUGUCAAACUACGAAAAAUUCCUUUUUUUCUGUUUUGUUAUUCAUCUCCACAGACAAUGGACGAACCAGACGAGCUAUCAGUUCACUUUUGGUCUGUGUAACAAUUAGGAUUCGGAAAGGUCAUACAGACUUCAUCCAAGUGUCGUCUCGGAUAUUCGGAUCAGAAUAUUAUUUAUUACGAACUUCCUUUGAAAUGAUCAAGCCUAGACCUCAAAAGUCGAGAUCUCAAAAUUUUAAGGAACAAGGAAAGACGAAAUGUUCUGAGACAAUCCAUUUUAAGGAAGACCAACCCACUCAGAAGUCUCCUGUUGGAGGGGAUUAAUUUGGACAAUACUCUCCUGGAACACUAUGCAGUAUCACUGCCAUGUCU